AUGUUCGGCUCCACCAGCCCAUUCGGGCAGUCGUCCACCAGCCCUUUCGGCCAAACCUCAUUUGGAGCACAGCAGGGAUUUGGCCAGCCUACUACUCCUACUACUCCUACUACUGCCACCAACAAUCCGUUCGCACCAAAGCCAUUUGGCAGCCCGACCACCACUUUCGGGGCACAGACUGGAAGCUCGCUAUUCGGCACUACGUCCACCGGCGCCCUUGGCCAGCAGCAAUCCACUCCCACAUUUGGCACCCCUUCCUCCUCUCCAUUCGGGAUCUCCACGCCAGCUUUCGGUGCAUCGCCCACCCCUGCAUUUGGUGCUACAUCCUCUACCUUUGGCUCUGGAUCUUUAUUCGGACAGAAGCCAAGUUUUGGGGGUUUUGGAUCAUCUCCUAGCCAGUCGAGUCCUUUUGGUGGCACGUUCCAGCAAACGCAACCAACAUUUGGCAGCAGCACUUUCGGUACCACAGCUACUCCGGCAUUCGGUACCACAGCUACGCCAGCAUUUGGUGCCACAACUGCACCGGCAUUCGGAACCACUACACCAGCCUUUGGCACAUCAAGUACACCGGCCUUCGGUGCCACGACUACCCCAGCAUUUGGUUCAACGUCAUCAUCUUUAUUUGGUGCUUCCAACACCCCGGCAUUUGGCUCUACAACCUUUGGUUCAUCUCCUGCUUUUGGAUCUACAGGCACCACAGCAUUUGGAGUAAGUAGUACUCCAGGUUUUGGAUCUUCGAGCACUCCUUCAUUUGGCACCACUAGUGCAUUCAGUUUUGGCUCUUCACCAUCUUUUGGGCAAACAGCGGUUUCAUCUGGUAGCUCUCCCUUUGGAACAACCCCAUCAGCUUUUAGCGUGCAGACUUCUCCAUUUGGCUCACAGACAGCACCAAGUUUUGGGCAAGCACAAUUUGGUAAUCAAGCUGGAGGGACCAGGAUAAAACCUUAUGCUCAAACACCAGAUGCUGACAGUACUACAAGUGGUACUCAACCUGCUGGAAAACUUGAUUCAAUUUCAGCAAUGCCUGAAUACAAAGACAAGAGCCAUGAAGAACUGAGGUGGGAAGAUUACCAGCGUGGAGACAAAGGUGGACCAAAUCCUGCUGGAACUCCAGCAGCGACCCCCAGCUUUCAAUUACCGCAACCGAAUCCGUUUAAUCCUAACCAAAUUACUCCAAAUCCGAACCCUUCUGUAUCAAAUCCAUUUGCUUCUAAGCCUUCUUCAACUGGUUUCGCUACUAGUACGUCACUAUUCAACACCUCAUUUAACACUACAUCAGCUGCAAGUUCGAGCCCAUUCACAUCCUCCACUAGUACUGCAAUGUUUGGACAAACAGGCGUUUCUGCAUUUCCAGCAAGUAGCACACCAUCUUUGUUUGCAAAUACCACUUCUGCUUUUGCUACAUCUUCGUUAUUUGGCUCAUCAACAGCAAAUAACUCAAGUCCAUUUGGCACUGGUUUGCCGUUGAGUAACACUCAGUCAGCCCCACUAUUUCAAUCUACCCCAGCACUGCAGCCAUCAAGUACACCGGUUUUCUCUGGAAGCCUAUUCGGCACACCUAGCUCUGGCAGUCUGUUUGGGAGCGGACCUUCACUUUUUUCAACACCAUCUGCCCCUGCUCAAACGUCAAACAUGUUCUCGUUCCAAUCUCCUAUUCAACCAGCUUCUACAGGUGGAUUCCCUGGUUUUUCCAACACUACGAAUCAGGCCCUGGUUGCACAGCAAACUCCUAGCCUGUCCAGUAUGGUCAUGCAGCCUGCUCCUGUUUCAAAUCCAUUUGGGACACUUCCAGCGAUGCCUCAAAUGUCCAUUGGGAAUGGUGGAUCAUCCCCUUCGGUUCAAUAUGGGAUAUCAAGUUUGCCGGUUGCUGAGAAGCCUCUUCCGAGUAGAACAUUGUCCAUGGUGGUUCCUAGGCAUUUGCCACAGAGAAGGAUAAAAUUGCUGCCAAGGAAAUAUAAUCCGAUAUCUGAUGGCAAGGUACCUUUCUUCGCUGAUGAGGAAGUAUCUCCUGCAACACCAAAAGCGGAUGCCUUUUUCAUUCCUAGAGAGAACCCGAGGAAUCUGAUAAUUCGUCCAAUUGAUCAGUGGCCUUCGCGGAAUGGAACUGACAGGCAAUCGGUUCCAAAGGAUUCAGCUGAUUUGGAGAGAUAUAAAGAUGCUUCUGCAGAAAGUGAGCGUGACAAGGCUGCCAUGGCUCCAAGUAGCAGGCCUUCUCUGGUGGAAAAUGGCAGUCGCCAUGAGCCCAAGGCUGUGACCCAGGAGGGGAGUGGUAGCGUCACUUCAGUUGAGAGGCUGAUUCCUAAGCUCCCGCAGGGAGAUUACUUCACAGAGCCUAGUGUGGAGGAGCUUGCGGCCAAAGAACGUGCCAAGCCAGGGUACUGCCGUCGGGUGAGGGACUUUGUGGUUGGACGCCAUGGCUACGGUAUCAUCAAGUUCCUGGGGGAGACGGACGUGAGGGGCCUGGAUCUGGAGUCAAUCGUGGAGUUCAACAUCCGGGAGGUGAUAGUGUACAAGGACGACAGCAAGAAGCCAGCGGUGGGCGAGGGGCUGAACAAAGCUGCGGAGGUGACUCUUCUGAACAUCAAGUGCAUGAACAAGAAGACGGGAGAGCAGUACCACGAGGGUCCGAGGGUGGACAGGUACAGGGAGAUGCUGGUGAAGAAAGCGGAGGAGCAGGGCGCAGAGUUCGUGUCAUUUAACGCGGCCAAGGGAGAGUGGAAGUUCAGGGUGAAGCACUUCAGCGCCUACGGGCUUUGGUGA